AUUUCAUAACAAAUUACUUUUAAAACCAUCAUUUAACAACUAUGUGAUCCAUGAAAACCUUCUUUAUACUUAUAGUUUCCUGACUCAAAAUUAUAUUUGCGAUAUGAUAUUAAUUUGAUAGAAUAUUUAUCAAAAAAUGAAUCAAUAGUUUCGCAUCUUAUUUUGAUUAGGUUAGUUUAGAAUUGUCCGAAAAUGUUAGUAAAAUUUACGAUUCAUUUGUUUCGAAUGACGUCAUAUAGUAUCGACAUUAAGAUCAGUAACCACCAAUCAAAUAAAUUCCCGCCAUUUUCCGUUGUGAAUGCUCUAACGUGAAUUCUUUACCUAAUAAUAAAUAAAUUUCGAAAAAGUUUUAUAUCAAUUGUACACUUAUAAAAGUGGUGUUUAUUAAAUCAAAUUUCACGUUAUUUUUCAUGUUACGAUUAAAAAAGAUAUAUAUUAGCGUAACACAUAAGAACAUCACAUUGUUGAUUUUGUGAAAGAGACAAUCGUAAAAGGUGUGUAUGUAGAGUGAGAUCCAAAUUUAUAUGGUGAAUUAAAUCAGAGAAAAAAAACUUCGUCUUGUGAAACUUAAGAAAAGUUUUAGAAUAAACAUUUUAUUGCAUCCUUGAUGCAUAAUGAACACUCCAACUAGAGAAUUUUUAAGAAGACCAGAUGGUUCACGUAGAAGAUCUGCCCGUCAAGCUUUAGCAGUUAUUCCUAACGUCCCGGGUAUGACAUUUUCUCCAGGAGAAAUGCUUCCUAUUGAACAAAAUACAAUGGACAAUGUAAUGAAUAGUCGACAUACUGCAGAUUCUUGGAGUCCAGCUCCUAGUCCGGAUGAACUUGUUAUUCAAAAACGUGGAAGAAGACGACGGACUAUAGUUUGGUCACCAGACCUAGAUACUUGCAAGCGUGACAGCUUAUUAAGUUUAAGUUCUAGGGAUCGAACUCCAGUAAAAAGUCCAUCAAAAUCAACUAUGAUAUUAAGAAGUACACCUAGAAAAAGAUUAUCGCUUGGCGAUGCUAAUGAGUCUAGAUUCACUGUAUCAGAAAAAAAGAGAAGGACACCUUCGAAAUCUAUGAACGUCAUUGAUUCUUCGAUACAGAAAAAGUUCAAUGGAAAUUUAGUAAAUGGAUUACGAGGUCUUAGCCACGAACAGUUGGUCAAACUUAUUACAGAUAUAAUAUCUAUGCAGGAAGAUGGUAAUCUACGCGAAGAUGAAAAAUUGAAGGAUGUCUUUAUGAAUAAAAUGCCAAUGGCAGACAUACAACCACAGAGGGAAAAACUUUGCAAUUUAAGACAAAAUAUCUAUGCUAGUCUUGUUUCCUCGAAUGCAGAUGACUGUGCAUAUAGUCGCGCAUAUAUACAUUUAGACGCAUUUCAGAAAGCAGUAAUUGAUCAAGGGAAAAGACUUUUGGAAUCACAACAUUGGUCAUCUGUGAUACAAUAUGUUUUUGUAGCAUGGAAUAUAACUAAAGAACUACCUGAAUGGGAAAGUCAGGGUUUAGAUAAUACAACUUAUAAAUGUUUCAAAAAUUUAGCAUUAUUUUGUAGACGUGCGUUAACAGAAGGAUGUUUCAAUUUAUCUACAUUGAACUUGUAUAGAGAAAGACUAGAAACCAUGGCAAAAGACUGUGAAGAAAUAAAUGGUUGUCUACAGCUGCUGAAAGAAAUCAAUCCGGUUAUUGUCUAGCGUCAUGGUAUUUUCUUAUAUAUUAUUUAAUAUAAUAAUUUAUACAAGUAGAGAAAGAGAUGAAGGAGUAUAUCAUCGUGAUAAAAAUCGAAUGUCUUUUCAUUAUUGUGUCAAGAUUUGUUGGCAAAUUUAUCAGCAAUUUUGUCGCUAUAAUAGACCAAUAUUUAUAUAUAUAUACAUAUAUAUAUUUUUGUUAAUAUAUACAUCCAUUUUUAUAACAAUAUUAUACACUUCAUUGACUUCGACUGAGAUCUUGCGCAUCUGAAAUGUUUAUCGCGAAUAAAACAAUCUCUAUAAAUUAUUAGCUUAAUUAAAUAUUUUCUUAAAUAAUUAAAUUUCAUGGAACAGAUUUUAUGAGUUAUUACUAAAUUGGUGGUUCUAUGUAAAGUAGGCAGAAUCUAAAGUUUACGAUUUUGAAAUUAUUGACGUUCAUAUAGUUUUAUAAGUAUGAAAAGAGUAAAUGCUAUUUAUAAAUAAUAGAUGUAUCGGAAUAAGUGUGACCAUUUUUUUGUCAUAUAUAAUAUUUUACGUACGCACGUAAAAUUUUGCAUGUUAAUUAAAAUGCGAGAAUAUCGUUUUUUUUUUUUUUAUGUUACGUCAAUGCAUCGGAAUACUCAAUCUCUAUAUUUUUAUGAUACGUAUGCGGUGGUUAGUUAAUAAUUAUUAAUCUUAAUCUAUAUCGAUCUAUAAAUAUGAAGAGAGAUAGGAACCUGGAUUAAAUUUAUUAAAAACAAUCUUUUAUUCGUCAUAUAUAUCAUAUAUUCUUACAUAAUAUAUCUGUUAUUACUUCUGAAAAAGGCACAUACUUUAUUAAUUAGUAAUCAUCAGAAAUUUUCUUUUAAAGGCCUGUAUCAGGACCGAAACGAGACAUGUAUAUUUAAGGAUUAUAACAACAUGCUUAUAGAAAUUUUCUGAUGUAGCAGUAAAAUCUCUCUAUUCUAUUAGAAUAUUGCAUCAUGAUUUUGAGAUUCUUCUGAACUACUAAUGGUAUACGUUUUAAAAUGGAAUUUUAUCAAUCACACAUAAUAUUUAUUCUACCUUGCACUCAAGAUUCUUUCCACCUCGUACGUACUUACACACUGGUCAUUUUUAUGUCUAUCUUGGCAAGACUAUAUUACACUAUACUUUCGGAACAUUUUCAAAAUCCGAGAUCAUUUAUUUUUAAUCGGAUUAAGAAAAUGUCUGACACGAAUUAAAUGUAACAGGUCUCGCAACAAGAAUCUGAUUUCAUCUAAACAUAGAUAUUUAGGUGAAACAAAUUAAUGAGAAUAGGCACGUGAUUAUUAAGUACAGAAAACUUUUUGUUUGGAACAUGCGUAUCUUGAAUAUUUCCGCGUGAUGUAUACGAAGAGAGCUGUAAUUUCUUAAAAGUGACCUUAUUUAGAUAAAGGCGAAUGAUAUUAGACUUCGUCUCCUUUGACGGUAAAUUUUCAUGCGUGCGUGCGUGCGUGCUUGCGUGUUGUAUGUGUAUGUGUGUGCGUGUCCGUGUGUGUGUAUCAUAGAUUAGAACAUUAAAACGAGUCGUUAAGAAACACAUGUAGCAUUUUUGUACUUUAUCUUAAAGGAACUGAUGCUAAACUACGUAUGAAGAAAAAAAGAUUUCACUAAGUACAUAAAACACACUGUAAAAAGGAAAGCUUGGAAAAUUGUUUCAUUAAAAAUUAUUGUGUACCGUUGAGUGACAUCACAAAAACUGAAA